AUGGAGUUUAACAGUUUUUUAUUUCCUGCACCUCCUAGUAGUUAUACCAUUCAUGGUGGAGCAGGAGAUCUACUAUAUAUCCCUCGAAUGAUAAAAAUUGAUAAUGAAAAUUAAAAUCAAGCUGGUUAGGACUAGGAUAUUCAACCUUUCUCUGAAAAUGCACAAAAAGAAAACUAAGAUGAGGUUUAAGGAGAUAGUAGAACAACAUAGAUUGAUAAGUAAAAAGUCUCAAUUUCUGACAGAUAAGUCUUCGAAAAUCGAAGGAAAAUACAUUCAUUUAUGCUUGAAGAAAAUAAGAUCUUAGAUUAAGAUGGAAUCGAAUAGUUUUUGGAAGAUAAAGAUACUAAGAUCAUUGAAAAUGAUCAAUUAAAGUUGACUACACAUAUAAAAAAAUCAAGAAGCAAUAAAACUAUCUAAGAAAUUGAUAUAGCAUCAUUAAACAUCUCUAUCUCCCAAUAUAAGCUUAGCAAUUCAGGAGUUAUUCCAUGUGUAUUUCUUCCAUUCCAGAGUGGAUCGUCUAAGAUUUUAGUAUAUUUCCAUGGCAAUGCCGAAGAUAUAGGUUUAGCCACUGAGCUUCUAGAUUAUAUUCGUACACUAAUGAGGGUACACGUUUUGGCUAUGGAAUAUCCUGGUUAUGGAAUAUAUGAUGGGCAACCUGAAGCCCAAAGAAUUCAAGAAGAUGCGGUUUCUGUGUAUACCUAUCUUGUAAACAUAUAGAAAAUACCAGAAUCAUCUAUAAUUAUAUUUGGAAGAUCAAUUGGCACCGGUCCAGCUACAUAUAUUGGAUCCUAGUUUAAUCCUUGCUCUUUAUUGCUAAUGUCUCCUUUUAAAUCUAUUAGGGAUAUAGUGAAAGGACAAGCUGGAAAAUAUGCAUCCUACCUCAUCAAUGAUAGGUUUAGAAAUAUUGAUCUUAUUGACAAGGUUACAUGUCCCACUUUCAUAGUACAUGGACAAAGAGACACUCUGAUACCUUGCGCUCAUUCACAUGAACUUUAUUAAAAAUGUGGAGGACCAAGCGCCCUUAAGAUCCCACCUGACAUGGACCACAAUGAAUUUGAUUUCAAUGAAGAUUUAAUAAAGCCAUUUGCAGUCUUCCUGAGAUAGUGCAAGAUAAAUGUAGAUAUAGAUGAUUUAGAUCUGGACUUUGAUGAUGCAGAUUAAGAUAUUGACUGGGAAGUACUACUUGAGAUAAGAAGACAAAGAGGACAAAUAAAGUUUCCUGAGGACCUUUACCUACCUCCAAAAGAUUUUCCAAAAACUAAUAGUAACAGUAAUUUAUGGAACUGGAUAUUAAGAAAAUUCAUGUGA